UUAGAGCAACGCGUCACAUGUUGUUUUUCUCCACAACCGGAGCACUUGGACGCUCGCCUUGACCGCAGCUUUGACGUUAAACACCGCUGAAACGUCUGCAAUGGACUGAAUGACAACACCGUCGCCUCCACAGCUGCUAUAUUUCAUUUUUCUCGGCUCAAAUUGAGAACUUUUUUUUUGCGGCAGAGAAAUGGCGAGUCCUCCGGGGGCGGCGGGACACUUAUUAUUGAAUGGCGUCAAGAAGUGCGGCGACCUGCGAAAACACAAACACGGACACCGGCGCUUUUUCGUGCUGAGAGAGCCAACCGAGAACUCCCCUGCACGGCUGGAGUACUACGACAGUGAGAAGAAAUGGCGGAGCAAGGGCGCAGCCAAACGGGUGAUCGGUUUGGACUCCUGCCUCUGCGUAAACAAGCGGGCGGACGCCAAAAACAAACACCUGAUCGCUCUCUACACCAAGGACGAGUACUUUGCCGUGGCCGCAGACAGCGAGCAGGAGCAGGAGAGCUGGUACGUGGUUCUGACGGACCUUCUGGCCGAGUGCAGGGUGUACGACAGCCCCGCGUCCACGUCCUCUCUUGUGGGCUUCGAAGAGGCCAGCUAUGGACUUGUUGCCCCUGCUGCCUACAAGGAGGUAUGGCAGGUGAAUUUGAAAUCCAGAGGCCUGGGUCAGGUGAAAAAUCUCACCGGCGUGUUUAGACUCUGUUUGUCCAGCCGGACAAUCAGUUUUGUGAAGCUGAACUCGGAAACGGCGGCGGUUUGUUUACAGCUGAUGAACAUCCGGAGAUGCGGCCACUCGGACAGCUUCUUCUUCAUUGAGGUAGGGCGAUCGGCCAUUACUGGGCCCGGGGAAUUCUGGAUGCAGGCAGAGGACUCUGUGGUGGCCCAAAACAUUCAUGAGACCAUCUUGGAGGCCAUGAAGGAACUCUCUGAGUUUAGGCCCAGGAGCAAGAGCCAGUCGGCCAGCACCACUCCGAUCUCUGUGCCCUCCCGACGCAACCUCAACAAUUUACCUCCAAGUCAGACGGGCCUGGUGAGGCGAUCCAGAACUGACAGCAUGGCUGCGACGUCCCCAGGGAGGAAGAUUGCAUCCUGCCGAGCGAGAACCUCCAGCGAAGGAGACGGAAGUGUGCCGUGGCCUGUGUCCACAUCAAUGCCCGUGACCGCGAGUCACACCAGUUCAAACUCUGGCGUUCAACUCAGCAGGUCCCACACACUAAGCAGCGGGCGCACUUGCAGGAUGCUAGAGUCGUCCUCUAACCUGCAUCACAGCCUGUCUGUAGCGAUGUCCAACUCCCCUCCUUGUCCCUCCAGCCCCAUCAGUGUUUCUCCUGGAUAUGCUGGUCUCUCCACCCCCGACAAGGCUGGCCGACCCUUCAGCUGCAGCGCCUCCAUCUCUGGUUCCCUUAACGACACCACCUUCAUACUGUGCGAUGAUUACAGCUGUAGUCCAGUCGAAGCAAAGUUCCUGCCCUUGUCCUGCACCGACUCCCUGUCCAGCACCCCCCCAUCACGCAAUGAAGGAGCAGGGCUGGAUAAAGCUUACAGGAAGCGAACGCACUCCCUCACCACGCCACGCCAACAAAAGGUGGUUACACCGCUGUCCUCUGCCUCCCUGGAUGAGUACAUGCUCAUGAGGUUGAGCGGCUAUGGACACAACACCACCACACCCAAAGUGAGCUAUCCAGAAGAUUAUGGAGACAUAGAGAUAGGCUCGUCCAGAAGUUCAAGUAGUAAUCUUGGUGACGACGGCUACAUGCCCAUGACUCCAGGUGUGGCGCCGCUAUCAGGCAAGGUAGACAACUAUGUGCCCAUGAGCCCCAUGUGUGUCUCUGCUCCAAAGCAGAUUGUAAACCCCAGAGUGCAUCCUCACGGGACUGCCAGCAGGGGCUAUAAGACCAGCUCCCCCUCCAGCAUCUCACUGGAGGACAACGGUUACAUGAGAAUGUGGUGUGGCUCCAAGUCCUCCAUGGACAGCCCAGACAGGCAUGGAGAAUACAUGACCAUGUCACCAGGAAACCCCCCUGCACUCCAGACUUCUCCUGAUUACUAUACAGGUGCAACGGCUGUAGAACCGACAGCAGUGAGGGCAGCGUACCAAUCCAGCUCCCACACACUCCCUGCUAAUGUCCAGGCCUCCAAGAAUGAUGAGGGAAGCCAGUAUGUGUUGAUGAGCCCUCAGAGUUCCCUCCGGGGAGGGUCGGAUUCAGACUACUAUUCUAUGAUGCAACCUGCUGCAGCUCAAACUUUGUCACAAAGCCCUUUAACGGCAUCCCCAGCAAGACAUGGCUGGGUGGAUAACCUGCCCCACAGAGGGAGACUGGGCAGACCCAACAGGCUGCCCCUUGACAACAUCAGGACCCUGCCUAGCAUGAAUGAGCACCCAGUGCCCGGCAAGCCCAGCAGCCCCGGAGAGUACAUUAACAUCGACUUGGAGAGGAACCGAUUCUCUCUGCCUUCAAGUGAGUCUGCAGAAAGGAGGCUGUCGACUUUGACUUCAAGCGAAGAAGGUUCCAGGAGGUCUUGCCUGACUUCUUACGGCAAACUUGAGUUGGCCUCGCACCCGCCAGAGGAGGCUGAAGGUAUUGCUGCAGACCACUUGGAUACACUCCCAGACUUGUCUACGUGUCCGAGCUCAAAAGAGGAUGGGGUGUACCAUCUGGGCGACGAGAACAGGCCAAGAGAGAGGAAUGAUGUUGACAGCGACUACACUGAAAGGACGUUUGGGAUGAACAGCUCAUCCCCGCAACUUGUCCCUCAGGGGAAUACAAGCCAGAGCAACAGAGGAAGGAGGCAUUCGUUGGAGGAGCUGGCAGUCCCAGAUGGCAUUGGGGUCUUCCUCCUGGAGGGUGCCUCUUCAUCCACACUCAACCCUGUUGGCUCCGCCAAGGUGAUUCGCGCCAACCCCCAAGGACGUCGACGCCAUAGCUCUGAGACCUUCUCCUCCACGGCCACUGUCACUCCGGUCUUCCCUUCAUUUGCUCGCGGGGAGAAUGUGAAGAGGCACAGCUCCGUGGAGAACAUCUCGUCACGAAGCAGUGAGGGCUCGGACGAGGAGUACGGAAGUCCCGUCAACCGCUCAGCUGGUUACCCUCACGGACUCAACUAUAUUUCCUUGAACCUACUUGAUGGCAAAUGCGAUGAGUUGGUUGGCUUCAAACCAGCAAGCAGCUGCAAAGGCGGUGUUGGUGGAUUACACAGCACGCCAUAUGCCUGCUUGGGCUUCAAGGAGGCUGCAACCACUGCCAAAGAUUGAAGCAGACAUAUCGGAUCAGCAAGACACCAUUACUGACCAACCACUGACAACCCAAAAGAUGACACACAAACACACACACGCGUGCGUGUCUGUACUUUUUGCUGUGACCCAAAUGUGAGCUCGAGCAUGCAAGCAAAGGCACCGAUAUUACUGUAUAUUUAUUUAUUAAUUUAUAUAUAGAUAUACACACACACACAUAUAUAUAUAUAUAUAUAUACAUACAUACAUACAUA